ACCAGCAUUUCCAAUUCAAUCGCGUAUUUGAAAAUGCCAAGCAAGCAAACAGCUUGAGUUUCAGUGAUUUACGAAAAAAAAUUGUCAGACUAAUUAUGAUAAAUACCGGAUAUGAUCCUCUUCAGCAUACUAGCGUGUAUUAUGGAAAAGAAGACUCCGAUGAUAGCGAUGGUGAAGGAGGCCUGGGAAAUGUAAACAGGCAAAUAAUGCGCCCUCCAGGACACAGUGGAAAAGCAAAACGAGGCCAUCUUUGUUUCGAUGCAUCUUUUGAAUGUGGCAAUUUGGGAAGAGUUGAUUUGAUCAAUGAAUUCGAAUAUGAUCUCUUUAUUAGGCCCGAUACUUGCAGCCCCAGGCUGCGAUUUUGGUUCAAUUUCACUGUAGACAACGUGAAACUUGAUCAAAGAGUUAUUUUUAACAUAGUUAAUAUUAGCAAAGAGAGGAAUCUGUUCAUGGAAAAGAUGACGCCUAUAGUGAAGUCAUCUAGCAGGCCCAAAUGGCAGAGGAUUCCAAAGAAACACGUAUAUUACCACAAAUCAACUGUUCAUCAGGGUCACUAUAUCUUCAGUUUUUCCUUCGGAUUUGAUAAGGAAGAGGACAUUUUUCAGUUUGCACUUGCUCCCCCUUAUAGUUACUCGAAGCUACAGGCUUUUUUGCCAGUAUUAGACAAAAAGGCUUCGCACCUUAAAGAAAGUUUCAGUAGAGAACUGCUGGCUAAUAGUGUGCAAAGUCGAAGGGUGGACUUGAUUACUAUAGGAUCUCUAGAUCCAGCUCCAAAAUCCAAAGCAAAGAGACGAAUAGUUUUUAUAAUGGCUCGGAUCCACCCGGGGGAAACGCCAGCUAGUUUCGUAUGCCAGGGAUUGCUAGAAUUGUUAAUAAGUUCGAAUUCUAUUGCAUCGAUUCUACGAGACAAUGUAACUUUCAAAGUAAUACCCAUGCUCAAUCCAGAUGGGGUUUUUUUAGGAAACUACAGAAGCACUGUAAUGGGCACAGAUUUAAAUAGAUCCUGGCAUGUCGCCAAUCAGUGGUUGCAUCCCACAAGUAAAGCUGUGAUAGAUAUUUUGACAAUAUUAGAUAAAAGUAAGGAUUUCCAAUUGGAUUUUGUUAUUGACAUCCAUGCCCAUUCCAGCUUAACCGGAUGCUUUGUUUAUGGGAAUACAUACGGCGAUGUUUACAGAUACGAGAGACAUAUUUUGUUUCCGAAGCUUCUAGCAACUACAGCUGAUGAUUACGCAGCUGGAAAUACGAUGUUUAACUCAGAUGCCACCAAGGCUGGGACUGCCAGGCGAUAUCUAUGCUCACUGCUGAGCGACAAAGUCAAUUGCUACAGUUUUGAGAUAUCAAUAUAUGGGUACAAACUAAAAGGAAGUGACACUAUUAUCCCAUACACUGAAGAAAGCUAUAUGCGCUGUGGAAGAAACCUUGUGAGGACUUUCUUUGAAUAUUACACGAAUACUGGCGCAAUUGCAUUCCACAUUACCGCGGAAGUUUCGAGCAAAAGAACUAGAAGCAGGACGGCUCAAAUUCGCCGCAGGAAUCAGAAGCACGGCAGAAACAGAACUCCAUUAACUGGGCGGAUUCAAGCGCAACUUCAUUUCACAAACUUGAACAUAAAUUAUGACAGUGAGACUUCUUUGGAAGACUGCACUUACUCUUACAGAUACACCAGUCCUAGGAAGGCAUUUGAUAAGAUAUCUGAGCAGUACAGUUUACGGAAAAGUGCCAAAAGCAACAUUGAACAAAAGCACAACUUCAGAAGCGACUCUCCUAUCCCUACAACAUACGUAGUACUUCCAGAGCCUAGUUUAACGGUUAUAGAUUUCAAUGUGAUGUCGAGAGACGAUAUUGACAAAGUUUCAAAGGUGAAUAAAAUACAAAAGAAAAGUUCUCAAAAGUUUGAUUUUCUGCAGCACAUUCACCAAAUUAUCCACACUCUAUCAUCAUCAUCAUUGAGAUGAUAACUAAAUGAAACUACUGCAAUCAAAGAUUCAGAUGCCAUGUUAUGAUAAUGCCGGGCAUCCAGAGGUCGAUGAAAUAUAUUCAUUAGGGCUUUGCAAUGAUAGAACGGCUAUCGUUUGAGUUGAAACAAUUU